ACAUCCAUCUCCAAAAGAUGUCCUGCUAUGAUUUGUGCUCCAUCACCACCGGUGGCGUCAGCUGCCCCCAGCCCAUUGCUGACAGCUGCAACGAGCCCUGUGUCCGGCAGUGCCCUGACUCCACAACCGUGAUCCAGCCACCUCCCGUUGUUGUCACCUUCCCUGGACCCAUCCUCAGCUCCUUCCCCCAGCAAGCUGUGGUGGGAUCCUCUGGAGCACCCAUUCUUGGGGGCGCUGGAGGCUCCUCCCUGGGCUACGGGGGGCUGUAUGGCCUUGGAAGCUAUGGGGGCUAUGGAAGCUCCUCCCUGGGCUAUGGGGGUCUGUAUGGGGGCUCCUCCCUGGGUUACGGGGGCCUGUAUGGCUAUGGUCGAUCCUAUGGUUCUGGCUAUUGCAGCCCUUACUCCUACCGGUACAGCAGGUACCGCCGUGGCAGCUGCGGGCCCUGCUAA